GCAUAUAUGAACCAGCCUACAGCCAAACAUUCAGGGACGUCUUACCCAAGUACCAGUGCAGCCCUGGUCUCCUGAGGUGUCAGCCUGAGUGGGGUGGCUCAGAUCCAUCCAUCAGUUCUCACCAACCCCAGAAUGCAAUCAAAUUAAAAUGGAACAAUAGAAGGUCAUGUGUGCCACAAUCACAGUUGGACAAUGAGACAUUAGAAAAAGACAUUAAUCAUGCCUGCUGGAUGUCAUCUGCUGACAAUAAGGACUUAUCUCAUCGAAAGAAAGUCCCAAACAGAGAGACACAUAAGGCUCCCAGUCAGAGCAACAUGCUGACAGGAGGUGACAGAGUGAAGGAGGUGAACUCAAACAGGACACAGACAGAUCUACCAGCUCAGGGCAGUGAAACUGCAGCUGACACAGCAGAAUCAAUACACACCAAAAGAAGAAUAAAGAAGUUACAGAGUCUGGUGCAAGCAAAGAAGGGACAUCAGAGUGGAGCUGGAAAAGGGAAGAACACAUCUGAGAAUAAUGAUCAUUUGGCAGAUGUGCUGAGUAACAACAAUCCAGUGCUAACCUGUAUUGGCCUGGGGAGGAAAACACAGAGGUCCCCUAAAACUGUUCCAUCACCACAACAGCAACAGGCCAAAGACCAUGAAUAUUCAGAAGAGGAAGGACUUUGGAGCCAUGGAGUUGGCAAUCAUCCGUGGAGCCCAUUUGAGUGUUCACAACCCUGGGCUCCCUUCUACCACACCUGUCACCAACCUCGACAUGACCUAUGGGUCUGCGGCGGCACCCUGUCACUGCCUCGGACCACAGAGUGGGAUCGUUUCGAGAGUUUGAUACAAGAACUGGACAACAAACAGUCUAAUCUAGCUCGCCCUCAAAUGAUCCGCUCCAUCACGGAUCUGCACCUCUCACAAAACAUGCCAAAGCAGGAUCCAGCCAAAUCCAGGCUGCAGGCAAAGCAAAUGGAGGCCUCAUCGCAGAGUGACAGGGACUACGUCAAGGCCUCACCAGAGAGAGCUCUGACAGGCGUCAUCAAUGGAGACAUGCAGAAAAAUGAAGCAGCAAAGGAGGAGACUGGUGGUGGGCAACCAUUUACAAAGGGAUACAGGCGGUCCAAUAACUCUUUGGAAAGCCUCUACAGCCUCAACAGUGGACGAAGCUCCUCAAGUGGAGUCACCAGUGGGUCUACCUGCUCCAGCAACAGAGGCAGUCUGAGGCUGGAGGAAGAUCUGUCGUACACCAGACAGUUCUGUGACAGAGCUAGAGUCCAUACAGAUUAUGUGCCAAGUCCAUAUGACACAGAAUCCCUUAAACUCAAGGUGGGAGAUGUGAUUGACAUCAUAGCUAAGCCCCCCAUGGGAAUAUGGACAGGGAGACUGAAUGGCAGAGUUGGAAACUUCAAGUUCAUUUAUGUAGAUGUACUAACAGAGGAGAGCCCUGAGACACAUGAGGAAAGACACACCCACAAAGUUAGACAAAAAUCAACUGUCCAUGAAGUGCUGAAGCAUCUCAGUUUGGAGGAGUAUUCCUCGUCUUUGCAGCAGAACGGUUACCAAACAGUAGAUGACUUGAUGCAACUGAGGGAGCAUCACCUGAUAGAGCUGAAUGUGACUGAUCCAGAGCACAGGCAUCGCCUGCUCACUGCUGUCAACUCCCUGCAGCAACUGUGCUCUGAUAGUCAGUUGGAGAAUGAGGCCAAUCAGGAGGCCGAUACCCCCGGUAAGAACAUGAAGUCAGACAUGAACAACUGCUCAAGAGACUCCGGCUGCCCUGACAAUGGCUCAGAGGAUGCAGACCUUCACUUUUACUCUGAACAGCCUGUAAUGACAGCUUCAUGAGUUUUAUUCCUCAUUGUGCUGUUGAGUUGACAUGUGAAUCAAAAGCUGUUUUUUAUUUUCUGCAAGUGUAAUUUCUACUCAUGUACAAUAAAAUGUCCAUGUUCAGCCUUUCCCACUGCUAAUCCUUCAACUCCAAACUGGAUAUGCAUCUGUAAAUUGUAAGAUAUAUGUUCAUAUGUUUCCUGUAAUAAAAUAUUUUAUGAA